AUGGUGGAGAGGGAAAGAGACGAGGGAGAAGCAGCCAGGGCCCUGACCAGCGGGCCACUGCAGCAGCAGGAAGGAGCAGCGGAGGGCGAGAGCGACGAGAAAGCAGGAGACGAGCGGGAGGAGGAGGAGGACGACGACGACGACGAUCGAGACGAAGAAGGCACGGAGUGGUCGGAGAUACGGCUCGCCAUCGAUGAGCUGUCCCCGCCGGCCCGUCUCAAGCACGGCGACGGCGAUGGCAAGGCGGCCGCGUCGUCGCUGCCCACGCUGCGCUUCCUGGCGCUGUCGCACCUCCUCGUUCGCGUGCUCGAUAAGAUCGGGCCGACCAUGGCCGUGCUGAGGCUCGACGUCCAACGGAACAUCGAGAGGCUGCAGGAGCUGUACCUGUUGGACCCAGCCAAGUACUCGACCCUAACAGGGAUAUUGGAGAAGGAAGUCAAGGAGGGCACUGCAAGGAAGGUCGAUAGCUGUGCAAGGGCUGUCCUGUGGCUUGCUAGAUCCAUGGACUUCACGAUUGCGCUGUUACAGAGCUUAGAGGAGGACUCUGAGCAGCAGCAGAGCCUUGCGCAGCUUGUCGAGGCUGCGUACGAGGUCAGCCUGAAGCCGUGGCAUGGCUGGAUCUCUUCGGCGGCGUGCAAGAUAGCGCUGAAGCUCAUCCCUGAGAGGAAGGUCUUCACCAGCCUGCUGCUGGGGAUGGGCCAAGACUGCUCUGCUCUCAAGGAUGAGAUCGAGAGGCUCGCGUUGCUGCUUCGGCCCCUCCUUGAUGACAUCCACUCCAUGAUGGCCAGGUUCAGACUAGACAGGCUCAAGUCGACGUGA